AUGUCCAUAUGUGUCCCCGCAUGUGCCAGGAUGUCCAUAUGUGUCCCCGCAUGUGCCGGGAUGUCCAUAUGUGUCCCCGCAUGUGCCUGCCGGGAUGUCCAUAUGUGUCCCCGCAUGUGCCGGGAUGUCCAUAUGUGUCCCCGCAUGUGCCGGGAUGUCCAUAUGUGUCCCCGCAUGUGCCGGGAUGUCCAUAUGUGUCUGCGCUUGUGCGGGGAUGUCCAUAUGUGUCCCCGCAUGUGCCGGGAUGUCCAUAUGUGUCCCCGCAUGUGCCGGGAUGUUCAUAUGUGUCCCCGCAUGUGCCGGGAUGUCCAUAUGUGUUCACCCAUGUGCCGGGAUGUUAGAGCUCAUUGUGCAUCUGAGAUUCUGGAAUGUCCAUAUGUGUCCCCGCAUGUGCCGGGAUGUCCAUAUGUGUCCACGCAUGUGCCGGGAUGUCCAUAUGUGUCCCCGCAUGUGCCGGGAUGUCCCAUGUGCCGGGAUGUCCAUAUGUGUCCACGCAUGUGCCGGGAUGUCCUUAUGUGUCCACGCAUGUGCCGGGAUGUCCAUAUGUGUCCACGCACGUGCCGGGAUGUCCAUAUGAGUCCCCGCAUGUGCCGGGAUGUCGUAAGUUUCGAGCUCUUCCUCUCUCGAAUGGUUCAGUAUGAUCAGUUCACACUUCCCCUGGUUUACCUCCAGCCCUACGGCUCUAAAGUCCUCAACGAGUUUUUGUACUGCCUGGAGAACUGUCUCUGGUUUAUCGCCCAAAGAUCCAUCAUCCAAAUACCAAACGUUAAACUCAGUGUUCACCCGGCGUAUCACCUCGUCAAUUCCUAA